GAUGGAGUGCCAUGCGAGGAGGACGGUUUCGUUGGUGACAGGAACGAUUGUCAAGUGUUCUAUCGGUGCGUUUCUCAAGCGGAUGGGAGUUUCCAAAAACUCCCAUUCCGGUGUGGGGAAGGUACUGCGUGGGACGACCAGAUCGGUUCCUGUAACCAUGCGAGUUCCGUGGAAAGAUGUACACAAAAUUCUCAAAGUGACUACGUCAAUCAACAAUCAUUCAGCCAGUCGAACGCAUCCAUGGAUAGAAAUAUGACCCAAGCCUUUGGAUCAAUGACUCAGAAUGGUAUCACUACGAACACCACCAGCUCGCAGAGCUCAGCGGCAAGUCAAAUGAGCAAUUACAAUAAUAUGACAACUUUCGUCCAAGGUGCCAACGGUCAGGGUUCAAGCAGCUCUAGCUCAAGUUCGAGUAGUUCUAGCAGCAGCAGUAGCAGCAGUAGCAGUAGUAGUAGUAGUUCCAGUUCCAGCAGUUUCGGUGGUAAUAAUCAGUGGAAUAAUCAAGGAUCAGGUGGGCAAUGGAGCAACCAGAACCAGGGAUCUAGUGGUAAUAAUCAAUGGAACAAUCAAGGAUCAGGUAACAAUAAUCAAUGGGCCAAUCAGAAUCAAGGAUCUAACAAUCAGUGGCAAAACCAAAACCAAGGUUCUUCCAGCAACAAUCAAUGGGCCAAUCAGAAUCAAGGACAAAAUAACCAAUGGAAUAACAAUAACCAAGGUCAAAGCAACAAUAAUCAAUGGAAUAAUCAGAACCAAGGACAAAACAACCAGUGGAGCAAUCAGAACCAAGGGCAAAACAACAACAACCAAUGGAACAACCAGAACCAAGGUUCCAACGGUCAAUGGCAAAAUCAAAAUCAAGGAUCUGGAGCAAGUGACCAAUGGAACAACCAGAACCAAGGUCAGAAUCAGCAAUGGAGCAACAAUAAUCAAGGUCAAAGUAACAACAACCAAUGGAGCAAUCAAAAUCAAGGUCAAAAUCAGCAAUGGAGCAACCAAAAUCAAGGCCAAAGUAGCAACAACCAAUGGAGCAACAAUAACCAAGGUCAAAAUAAUCAAUUUAAUAAUCAAAACCAGGGCCAGAAUAAUAAUAACCAGUUCAGCAACCAAAACCAGGGACAAAAUAAUCAGUGGAGUAAUCAGAAUCAAGGACAAGAUAAUAGCAACCAGUGGAACAAUCAAAACCAGGGUCAAAACAACCAAUGGAACAAUCAGAAUCAAGGUCAAAACAGUAACAAUCAGUGGAAUAACAAUAAUCAAGGUCAAAACAAUCAAUGGAACAAUCAAAAUCAAGGUCAAAAUAGUAACAAUCAGGGGAAUAACAAUAAUCAAGGUCAAAACAAUCAAUGGAACAAUCAGAAUCAAGGUCAAAAUAGUAACAAUCAGUGGAAUAACAAUAAUCAAGGUCAAAAUAACCAAUGGAGCAACCAAAAUCAAGGCCAAAAUAAUAAUAACCAGUGGAACAAUAACAAUCAGGGCCAAAAUAAUCAAUGGAAUAAUCAGAAUCAACAAUCAAAUAGUAAUACGCAAUGGAAUAAUCAAAGUCAAAGUGAAAGUCAUCAAACGAGUACGCAAACACAAAACUCUACCAGUAGUAAUCAGUUUAAUAAUCAAAAUCAGGGACAAAACCAAGAAUCGAACAACCAGAAUCAAGGUCAGAACAGUAAUAACCAAUGGAACAACCAGAAUCAAGCUCAAAACCAACAGUCGACCAAUCAGAACCAGGGAUCGAAUAAUAACAACCAAUGGAGCAAUGGAAAUCAAGGACAAAAUCAGCAAACAAACAACCAAAAUCAGGGACAAAGUAAUAACAAUCAAUCGAGCAAUAAUAAUCAAAGUCAAAAUCAACAAACUAAUAAUCAAAAUCAAGGAUCAAAUAGUAAUAAUCAAAAUCAAAAUCAGAACAACAACAACAACAAUUCAAAUCAAAGCUCCAACAACCAACAUAAUCAGUCGUCCUCUGGAUCAAGCCAAACCAAUGAAAGUAAUCAGCAGUCUUCUGGAAAUCAAAACAUCAAUAGCCAGAGCCCUACUUCUUCUACCACUAUUGCUCCACAAUCCACUUCCACCGAAGCUCCACUAGAAUCUAGCUCCAGCACGACAAUUUCGACCGCUAGCGCAAUUCCAGAAAUGCAAUCUACAACAUCCACGACUGCUCAACAGAUGACAACAACUACUUCUACUACUGUUGCUCCAACUGCUGAUCCUACUACUACUUCCACAGCAAUGCAAACCACCUCAACUGAACCAUCAACGCCCUCAUCUUCUGGCAUUCCGUCGUCUACUGAAAUAGUUUCCUCAACUUCUAGUAGCUCCGCCACUGAACCGUCCACAACCCCAUCAACCACUGAAAUGCCCGCCACUACUCAAAGCACUACCACCACUAGCACAACUACCACACAAACCACAUCAACUUCUAGUAGCUCCGUCACUGAACCGUCCACAACACAAGUUACUACUCCUGAGGAACCUCAGAAAACAACUACUGUUCCUUCCUCUACAACACAAACACCCACCACACAGGCUCAAAGCACACAAUCGCCUACCAUUAGCGAAUUUUCUACACCACCACACACGACACCAACACAUGUUUCGGAAGCAUCAACCACACAAACUAACAUAAACACAACAACAGAAUCUAGUGUGGAAACAUCAUCGAUGGGAAGUACCGAAACAACCACACCCACUCAAACAACUACACCCGAGAAGCCAUCAAUGACUACUCUAACUGAAACCAUAGAAACUACUACACAAAUCACCGAGUCUACCACACUCACACCUGAAACAACACAACACAGUGAAAACAGUACACAACAACCCACUACACAACACUCCACUGUUCAAUCCUCUAGCACUCAGGAACCGUCAAGUACUGAGCGAUCGACAACAGUGGCUGAGCCAAGCCCAUCACUAGAACCCAUCACCGAACAAUCUACGGUGACGGAAGAAUCUACCACACACAUCGCACCUACACAGGAAACAACCACACUGGCACCUUCGACGGAGGUACCCUCCACAACACAACCUACACCAGCUCCUACGGAAGCAAACACUACACAUGAAAACACAACCACAUCAGAACCCACAACAACACAAACAACUACCGCCAAACCAUCGGCGCCUGCUUCUAGUUCUACGGUAGAAACCACCUCAGGAGUGCCAACUACACAAACGAUACACACUACACAAUCAUCCACAGCGUCGUCCUCCAAAGAAACAACAACACAAACUACACCACCAUCCACACAAUCCACCACAAUGCUCACCACAAUCGUUAUGCAAAGUACUCAGUCCACAACCACUCUCUCUUCUUCAGCACAACCAUCAAGCACUACGCAGCGUCCGUCCUCUGCAUCAACCACCGGAAGUGCAACCAGCUCCGGCUCUACCACUAGCCAACCGUCCUCGUCUGGAUCUGCCCCAGCAUGUACUGAAGAUGGAUUUAUGGGCGAUCCGAACGAUUGUAAAAAGUUCUACCGCUGUGUCUCCAAUGGCAAUGGACAAUUUACACGAUACGAGUUCCGCUGCGGAGAUGGAACUGUAUGGGAUGACAAUGCUGGCAGUUGUAACCAUGAUUGGGCCGUGCAGGAUGGUCGAUGUGGUAAGGCAAAUGGGCAAGGAUCGGGACCUCAAAGUGGUCAAAAUGGACCCAAUGGUACUGGACCAAAUGGACCCGAAGGUAAUGGAAGUGGGCCUAAUGGACCUCAAGGAACGAGUGAACCGACCGAAGGGCCAAACGGUCCAAAUGGAACUGAUGGACCAGACAGUGGACCCAAUGGAACUAAUGAACCUUCCAAUGGCCCUAACGGACCAGGUGGACCUAAAGAACCUAACGGACCUGAACAACCAUCUGGAUCAACCGGGCCUGAUGGUCCAAGUGGAACGACCGGAACCGAUGGACCAAAUCAAACAAACGGACCCGAAGAAUCCACGCCUGCUGCACAGCAGUCAACUACGGUUCCACCGUGCCAACAGCAAACUACCACUACCACCCAAACGCCCUCGGUACCCGCAGGAACUAAUGGUGUAUGCGAGCAAGAAGGAUUUAUGGAGCAUCCGUCGAAUUGUAAAAAGUUUUAUCGCUGUGUCGACAACGGCAACGGGGGAUACGAUCGGUACGAGUUCACUUGCGGUCCCGGUACCGUUUGGGACAAUGACAUUCUUGCCUGUAACCAUCCAACAUCUGUCCAAAAUUCCAAAUGUGGAACGGGCGGUGAAACUGCAUCCUCUCAGUAUCCGGGUAGUUCGUCCGGUCCCGGCAAUACCUAUCUGCCACCAGCACAAUCCUCAAGCACAGAAUCUAUGCCAAGUACUACAGAGCAAACAAUGAAUAGUCUGGAACCGGAAUCACUAACCACAGGUGUUACAGAUGCGGCUAGUCAAGAAACAACGAGCAGUGCAAGUAGUACAACGACACCAGCAGAAUCCGGACCAUCCACUACAGAAGCAGCCAAGGAAGAAAAUGCGUCCGCUGCUCAAGAACAAACUACUGAAUCUCAAAGUCAGACAACAGAAUCGUCCAAAGGAGAAACAACUGCUAAUUCACAAGAGCAGACAACCGGAUCGCAAAGUCAGACGUCCACUACUGAAGCGGGAGAUUCAUCCACUACUCCAGAAGGUGCUACCGAAACGUCAACAAUGCCAUCAUCGGAAGGUUGCGAUUCGGAAGGAUUUAAGCCUCAUCCGACGAACUGUAAAAUGUUCUACCGCUGUGUCGACAAUGGUAAAGGUGGUUACACGAAGUACGAGUUCACUUGCUCGGAAGGCACAGGUUGGGACGAAAGCAAACAAGCAUGUAACUACGAGUACGAAAUUCCUAACUGUGGUGCAGACCGGCCACCAGAGCCAGAACCCGAGCCAAGCGGUACGGACAUGACGACUGGAACUAGUGAUGGUACCACUGCUGCGACGGACGCAACGACGCCACAAGCCCAGACAGAUGGAACUACUGCUGGUCAAGAGACUACAACUGCCAGACAAGAUAUGACAACAGCUUCAACACAGGAAACAACUCCGGUAGAACAACAAACAACUACAACAGAGGCCAGCCAUGAAUCGACAACAGCAACCAGCGACUCAUCUACAGCUGCUCCAUCGACUCAAGAAACGACUACCACUGGACAAGAAAUGACUACUUCCAGUGAAAUGGCAUCUGAAAUGACAACCGCACAGGGUCAGGAAACGACCACCACCGGUAGUGAAACGACUACUGAAAAUUCGCAGCAAACUACUACAAUUGGUGGUUCGUCUUCCCCGGGCGAAUGUACUGAAGAAGGUUUUAUGGGCAAUCCGGACGAUUGCCGGAAGUUCUACCGGUGUGUAGACAAUGGCAAGGGUGGAUACAAUAAGUAUGAUUUCACUUGCGGCGAAGGUACCGCAUGGGAUCAGGCACUGCAAACAUGUAAUCAUGAGAAUGUUGUUGAAAUGUGCGGCGGACAGACAGGUAACACUAGCAAUAACACUAAUCAAACACAAUCAUCAUCAUCAACAACAGCUACAUCUACUACUGAUUCCACCACUACUUCCACUACUACUACUACUACUACCACACAAGCUCCUUCCACUAGUACUACCACACAAGCUCCUUCCACAAGCACUACUACUACUACUAGUACCACACAAGCUCCUUCCACAACCGCUUCUACAACUACAACUAGCACCACCCAAACACCCUCCACCACCACCACCAAAAAACAAAGCACUACCUCCACCACCGCUUCUUCCGCACCGUCAUCAACAACUUCGUCAUCUUCAUCUUCAUCAACCACCCAAAGCAUGCAAUCCUCGUCCGAAUCCACCACCGAACGCAUGAAAGCUUCUUCAUCCUCCACAACGCCAGUAAACUGUACGGAGGCUGGAUACUUUCCGAAUCCGGACGACUGUACCAAGUUCUACCGCUGCAUUGAUUGGGACGGAAUGGGUGAAAACUUUUCCGUCUUUCACUUCGACUGCCCCGAGGGUACCAUUUGGGAUCCCGCUGUAAAUACCUGCAAUCACGAGGACAGUGUCCAACCACCCCGCAAUUGUUCCAAAACCGCACCUGCGGAAACAACUGAAUCGAACGCUGAAUCAACUACCUCUGUUACAGAAGAACCAAGUCCUACGACCGAAGCCGCCCAAAUGACGACGGCCCAGCAAACGGAAGCAACGACUGCGGCCGGUGCCCAACAGGAGUCGACUACCGAUUCGAUGAGUUCCGAAACGACGGCUGCCGGAAAGGAAGAAACCACAACACAGGCGCAAAUGAUGACGACCACAGAGGGAGCGGCUCAAGAAACGACAACGGCAGCCGCACAAGAAACUACCGAAGCUACCACGAUGACUGAAGUAUCCCAGGAAACUACAACAGCGGCAGCUAAGGAGACAACAACAAUGGCUGCUCAGGAAUCCACCACGAUGGCUGCUCAGGAAUCCACCACGAUGGCUGCUCAGGAAUCCACCACGAUGGCUGCUCAGGAAUCCACCACAAUGGCUGCUCAGGAGACAACGACAAUGGCAGCACAAGAAACGACUACGAUGGCCGCUCAGGAGACAACAACGAUGGCUGCGCAAGAAACGACGACUAUGGCUGCGCAAGAAUCUACCACUUCCAGCAGCCAACAGGAAACAACCACUACUGCUCAACAGGAAACAACUACAGCCUCCGGUGGAGAACAAGAGAUGACAACCAUGGGUCAAUCGGAGAUGACCACCGAAGCGGCCGGACAGGAGCAAACAACUGAGGGUAUGGAAUCCUCCACGGAACCCGCAUCUCAGGAAUGUCCAGCAGGUUGCAUGAGCUCGUGCCCACCCGUCGAUGAAGAUCAGGAACGUUUCGUAUGCCCGACCGGAUUCAAACGACACCCGAAGAAUUGCAACCUGUUCUACCAGUGUACGGAGAAACCGAACAGCUACGACUACAGCAUCGUCGUGUUUAGCUGUCCAAACGACACCGUUUAUCAGGAGGACCGAACACAGUGUACAGAACCGGCCGAGGGAGAUGACCGUUGCAAGGCAUCCAAUCUGCGAUCACAGCUUCGAAACACACGUCAGCUGCCGGUAAUGCAGCUUGGUUCGAUGGAACCACUCUGUCCUACAGAUGGCCAUUUCGCGAUCGAUGAUCAGAAGUGCAGCUCCACGUUCCUACGCUGUACCCAAGGACGGUCUGGCCUUCAACCGAAUAUGUACCGCUGUCCGAAGGGUUACGUUUACUGGCGAGUAAGCCGACGCUGUGAACGUGUCCAGAAGAUUCCUGAGUGCCAGACGACACCGAUGCAGGAACGCUCGGAACUGCCGGUCGAAUGGAUCAACAUCGGCAAUCGGCGCCGUAGCUUGUUCUAG